AUGAAGAUCGCUGAUAAAAGGACUGUUAGGAAGACCACUUCAUACUUUAGCGGAGUAGGAACGCUGCGAAUUGGUGAUGCUGAGAAAGGUAAGGCUGAAAAACUGGAUUUUAUUGAUAAGAAAACUGUUUACCAGGAAACACAGUUGUUCCUGGACGCAGCGUCACAAUUCCCCACAGUCAAGGAGAAACUUGGAUGCAUUAACAUAUCUAUUGUGCUCUAUUUCCAGGGGGAGUGGGUGUGGGUGGACUCGAACAUUGGGGUUCCCAUCGGAGCAAGGGUCAAAGUAACACCAUCUGGUCAGAGGUUACUGGUGGACGAUGAAGGAAAGGAGAAGAGUCUGUCCCAGGAGCAGGAAGCCUCCCUCAGGAUCAUGCACCCGACAUCAGUGGAGGGUGUGGAUGACAUGAUCAAACUGGGAGACAUGACCGAGGCCGGCCUCCUCAGGAACCUGCUGCUCCGACACAAACGAGGCAAAAUAUACACAUACACAGGCGCUGUGCUGGUGGCAGUGAACCCCUACAAGAACUUCCCUUUAUAUUCAGUUGACCAGGUGGAGUUGUACCACGGUCGAAAGCUGGGGGAACUCCCUCCGCACAUCUUCGCCAUCGCUGAAUCCUGCUACUGUAACAUGAGACGCCAUCUCAGGAACCAGUGCUGCAUCAUCAGUGGGGAAUCAGGAGCGGGGAAGACAGAGAGCACUAAGCUGAUCCUGCAGUACUUGGCAGCAAUCAGUGGUGAACUCUCAGAGCAGAAGAUUGAGCAGCAGAUCCUGGAGUCCAACCCAAUACUAGAAGCGUUUGGAAAUGCCAAAACAAUCCGGAACGACAACUCCAGUCGCUUUGGGAAAUAUUUGGAGAUCUUCUUCAAUAAGGACGGAGUGAUCGAAGGCGCUCGUGUGGAGCAGUAUCUUCUGGAGAAGUCUCGUGUGUGCCAUCAGGCCCUGGAGGAGAGAAACUACCACGUGUUUUACUGCAUGCUGGCAGGAGCCACGGCAGAGGAGAAGAAAGCCUUGAACCUUGGAGAUGCUAUGGAGUACAAAUUCCUUUCUAAGGGCGGCUGUUUUUCGUGUGAAGGCAGAGAUGAUGCUAAAGACUACACGCGUAUUCGCUCUGCGAUGAAAAUCCUGACCUUCUCAGAAAGCCAGUGUCAAGAAAUCCUCAAGCUGCUGGCAGCCAUAUUACACCUGGGAAACGUCUGCUUCCAGGCCAACACACAAAAUAACAUGGAAACCAGCAAUGUCAGCAAGUCCGAACACUUCAGCAUCGCAGCGGCAAUACUGGAGGUGAAGAAAUCUUCCCUGGCGGAGAGUUUGACCCAUCGCUCCUUCAUGACCAACAGAGAGAGGGUAAUCAAACCCCUCAGCUCCGAACAGGCGUCUGACUGUAGAGACGCCUUCGUCAAGGCAAUCUACAAUAAGCUGUUCAUAUGGAUCGUUGGGAAAAUCAACAGUGUCAUCUAUAAGAAGUUGACCAAAAUCCCCAAAUCCUCCUUCCUGUCCAUUGGCCUGCUCGAUAUCUUUGGCUUUGAGAACUUCCAAACAAACAGCUUCGAGCAGCUGUGCAUUAAUUUUGCCAAUGAAAAGCUGCAGCAGUUCUUUGUGGGCCACAUCUUCAAGCUGGAGCAGAAGGAAUACCUGAAAGAGGACAUUGUGUGGAAUAACAUGAAAUUCAGUGACAAUCAGAGCAUCCUGGACGUUCUGGCUGUGAAACCUUGUAACCUGCUGGCUCUCAUCGAUGAAGAAAGCCAUUUCCCAAAGGGCUCAGACAUCACGAUGCUGAACAAGAUGAACCAGCAACACCGUGGCAACAAGACCUACAUCGCCUCCAAAAGUGAACACGACACAGACUUUGGAAUUUGCCACUUUGCAGGCAGCGUUCACUACGACUCCAAAGGGUUCCUGGAAAAGAACAGAGAUGCGGUCAGUUUUGACAUGAUCAAGAUGGUUGAAAAAACCACCAACAAGCAGCUUCGUCAGAUAUUUGAGACUGAGCUUUCAACCAAUGGUGUGAAGAUCAGUAACAACAAGAAGAUCAUCAUUACACCUAAUACUUCUCUACGGGCCCAGAGUGACAGCCGUAAACAAGUGGCGACGCUGAGCGCUCAGUUCCGUCAGUCUCUGGACUCCCUGAUGAAGGCUCUGUCCGCCUGCCAGCCUUUCUUCAUCCGCUGCUUCAAACCCAACAAUGAAAAGCAGUCUGAGGUGUUUGACAGAGAGCUGUGUAUUCGUCAGCUGAGAUACUCCGGCAUGAUUGACACAAUCCGCAUCCGGAAGCUGGGAUACCCAAUACGGCACACCUUUGGGGACUUCCUGCAGCGCUACAGGGUGCUCCUGAAGACGACCGUCUGUGACCCCAAAACUGAGUCAGCUGCUGCCUGUUGUGAAGCCAUCUGCAAGGCAGUGAUUGAAGGAGCGAACGAGUGGAAAAUAGGCAGAACCAAGAUCUUCUUGAGGGAUGCCCAUGACGCCGUCCUGGAACGACUGAGGGAAGAAAAACUCAACAGGAUAGCGCUGGUGAUCCAGAGGGUCAUGCUGGUACACAAAGACAGAAAGUCUUUCCUGAAGAAGCGAAAGGCAGCUGUGGUGUUGCAGAAGCACUGGAGAGCUUACAGACAGGAGAAAUUGCGAAGAAAGCUUCUGCUAGGCUUUGAGAGGCUGGCAUCAAAGAUCCGCAGUCGGAGGCUGCGGUUACAUUUCCAAAGACAGCAAGCAGCAGCACUCACCAUCCAGAGCCAGGUCCGAGGCUACCGGGCGAGGAAGGUCUGUAAGCAGAAGAGAGAGGCAGUCAUUCUGCUGCAGGCUCACAGAAGAGGGAUCCUGGCCAGAAGAAUUACUCAAAAGAUGAAGGAGGAAGCCUACCUUUUACGCCAAGAGAAAGAGAACCAAGACCGGAUUGCUUUGGAGCUUCAGCAGCGACUGAACGCUAUCACCAAGUUGCGACCAGCUGCUGAGGAGCCUGAGCCUGAGGAGGACACGUAUGAUAUCCAGCUCCCGCCUCCUGUGGAAGAUAUAGAAGAGAAAGCAUCAAAUGAAUUUGAGAUGAGGAGGAACCUGCCAGAGCCGGUGGAGGAAACCUCUGUCGAGACCUCAGAGGAAAUCAUCGCUCCAGCCUCCAUCUCAACAACCCCCAUCCCAUCCCUGGACGAGGACGAGGACGAGGACGGGUUCGAUGACGGCAACGAUGAGUUUUCCUUCUACAAGUUCAGCAUCCUUCACUUCCAGAGCAACCACGGCCACACACACCACAACCAGAGACUCAAGCAGCCGCUUCUGCCCCACGAUGACGAGGGUGACGUGCUGGCAUGUCUAACUGUAUGGUGGAUUAUACUGCGUUUCAUGGAGGACAUACCAGAACCAAAAUCUGCGGACAUGUUGUCUCAAGAAUCCAGCACCAUCUCGCGUCACCUGCCUCUCAGGCAGGGCAGGAGGCUGAGCCACCUGGUGGGACUGGACCAGAUAAUACUGAGGAAGAACAAGAAGAAGUUCGGAGCUGGAAACAGAAAAGCUUCUGUUAUUGCCGAGGAGCCAGAGGACUUCAAUGACGAUGGGAAUGUUUUGAUUGGAGAGGGCCCGACACUGGAUCGACCACUUUCAUCCACGGAAAAACUAAACAUCAUCAUCGGAUACGCUCUAUCGAGACCAGACAUAAAGGAUGAGAUUUACUGCCAGAUCUGUAAGCAGCUGGUGAACAAUAAGAAGAGGAAGAGCCAUAUGCACGGUUGGACCCUUCUUUCCAUCUGUCUUGGGAUCUUCCCCCCAACGGGCCUCUUCAUGAAGUAUUUGGAGAGUUUUAUCAACAAAGGGCCAAGUGAUUACGGAGCAUACUGUGCUGAGCGCCUGCGUCGUAUAGUAGCCAACGGAGAGAGAAAAGAGUUGCCCUGUUGGACAGAGCAACAGGCUGCCAAGUCCAAGGAGCCCAUAGAUGUGUCUGUGACUCUAAUGGAUGGCCGCACUAUCAGUGUACACAUGGACUCUGCCUCCACCUCUGCGGAAGUCUGUCAAUCUGUGGCUAACAAGAUUAAUCUUCAGGACACAUAUGGAUUCUCCCUGUACAUCAGCCUCUUUGAGAAGAUGUGGUCUCUGGGCAACAGUGGGAAGCACGUGUUGGAUGCAGUGUCACAGUGCGAGCAGGAGAUGAGGAGGCAGGGCAAGCAGGAGAAGGACACCCCCUGGACGCUCUCCAUCCGCAAGGAACUGUUUACACCCUGGCAUGACUCCUCAAUAGACCCAAUCAGCACGGAUCUAAUCUACAGACAGGUCAUCAAGGGUAUCAAGAUAAGAGACUACAUUAGUGAGACGGAGGAUGAAUACGUCCAGCUGGCAGCAAAACACUAUUAUAUCCAGUUUGGCGCUGCAUACAACAGAGACAACGUCCAUCAGGUGGUUGAGGAGUGCAUCGCCACGCCCCUUAUUGAGAACAAAUCUAUGACGAAGUGGAUCGAGCUCAUCAGCGAUGCACACCAACAGGGUCCUUAUGUCAACGGGAAGCAGAAAAAAGACAGCGUUAAAGGAGAACUGGUCCGCAACGCUCAGCACGCAUGGCCCCUGCACUUCUCCAAGUUUUUUGAAGCUACAAUGAUGUCAGGGCCUCCUUUGCCCAAAAGCAUGUUUGUUGUGGCUGUAAACUGGAAUGGCAUCUUCUUCAUGGAUGGAUCAGACAAGAGACUCCUUGAGCUUCCUUACAUAGAGGUAAAGAAAGUACGCAUGAUCAGGGACAGCCAUCUCAGUGUUCAGUCAGUGAGUUUGGUCACAGUCAGAGGAGAGUUUAUCCUGAAGUCUGGGGAAGCUGCGGACAUGUUCGCACUUAUAGAAAGAAACCUGGAAGGCUUGAUACAGCGCUCUGUGUAUGCACUGGCUAGGCAGGAUGCCAACAAACCAGAGGACCCCAGUUUCCUGGUUUGUAAACAAUGGGACCUGCUGAUGGCAGAGAAAGAUGAAGAACGUUCUCCUGAUAAAAACUGGUUCAAAGCAACCAACCAGCGGACCAGUGUCCGCGGUGCCGUCUAUAAGGAUACAGUGCAAUUUCUGCCGACUCUAGAGAAGCCCUCUGACGAUAUGCUGGAGCUUCUCACUCCUAAUCGGAGGAAACCUUUAGCAGCACAAAGCGCCACACCAAGAACCGAAACGGUGGCUCCUGUCUCUAUAAAAGAGUUUGCAGUCGAUAACUUCAGGCCCGCGGGUCGGCUCGGUGCGUCCAAAGGGGUCGGCAGGGAGAAGCUGUGGGCUUGUUCCAAGGAACCUCUCAAACAGCCGCUGAUGAAAAGUCUGGUCGGCGACUCUGACCUCAGCAACCUGGCCUGCAUUGCCUUCACUGCUAUCCUGAAGUACAUGGGCGACUACCCCAUCAAACAUGCUCGCACUCCUAUAGAGCUGACUGACCAGAUCUUCGGUCCAGCCACACAGCACGAAGUUCUGCAGGACGAGAUCUACUGCCAGAUUAUGAGACAGAUGACCAACAACAACAACAGGUUGAGUAUGGAGCGUGGGUGGCAGCUCAUGUGGCUGUGUUCAGGCUUGUUCUCACCCAGUCAUAAUUUGAUGGGACACACUCAGCACUUCCUGGAGUCCCGGCGCAGAGACCUGCUGUCUCCCGGCUGCCUGCAGAGGCUGCAUAGGAUGCGCAGUAAGGAGCCCAGGAAGCUUCCUCCCCAUCAGGUAGAAGUGGACGCCAUCCAACAGAACAGCAUGCAGAUCUUCCAUAAUGUCCACUUCCCAAAUGACACCAGUGACAUAUUUGAGGUGAAAUCGACGACCACAAUCGAAGACCUUUGCUGCACCAUUGCCUCUCAUCUCAAACUGAGCUCAGCUGAAGGAUAUGGCCUGAGCCUGAAAACUACAAACAAGGUCAUAAGUUUGGAGGCGCAGAAUUAUUUAUUUGACAGUGUAAGGCAGACUUCAGAGCCUCCUAAGAAAGGGAAAAAAAUGAAAGAAGGCAACCAGACCAGUGCGCCCUACCUGGUGAUCUUCAAGAGGAAGCUCUGGUUCAACGUGAGCCCGGGGAAAGACCUGGUUGCAGACCUCACUUUCCAUUUCCCACAGGAGCUGCCCAGAUACCUGCGUGGAUACCACAAGUGCACCAAAGAGGACAUGACCAACCUGGGCGGGCUGCUCUUCAGAGAGAAAGUAGAUUCAGACAGGUCGCAGUUUGUCAUGAUCCCCAAAAUGCUGAGGGAGCUGGUUCCUGCUGACCAGAUAAAAAGCAUGUCCCCUGAAGAAUGGAAGAAGCACAUCAUCUCCGCCUACAACAAGCAGAGCGGCAUCACGGUGCAGGAGGCCAAAAUCGCCUUCCUGAAAGGCAUUUCCAGUUGGCCAACCUUCGGCUGUGCCUUCUUCGAAGUUAAACAAACGUGUGAAUAUAGCUACCCAAGUAAGGUUUUGAUCGCCAUCAGCAAGCAAGGUGUCAGCUUAAUAGACCCAAACACAAAGGAGCUGCUGGUCAUGCACCCGUUCAGCCGCAUCACAGAGUACCAGAGCGAGGGGAGCUACUUUGAGAUGUCCAUCGGCAACCUGGUGAGGGGCAACGUCUUUGUCUGUGAAACCUCACAGGCCAGCAUAAUCGAGGACCUUCUUAGAUCGUACAUCAACAUGUACGAGAAGCAGUUGCAGGCCUUUCGACCAAGGAACCACAUGUUUUCUUGAGGGCAAAAGAAUAGAUUGAGCUGCUGUGAUUUGUAUGCACUCUUGAUCAAUAUCUUCACAUUAUUGUAUUUGUGUACUUUAAAAAGGCAAAAUUCUCCCCAAUACAGAGUGCUGCUUCUACUUAACGAAAUAGGGAUAUUCAAAUUUAAGUCAUAUUAUCUUUUUUUUGUCUUGAAUGUUGAGUGUCUAGAGCAUAAAUUGAGAUUAAUGUAAAUGUUAAUGUAAUGUAAAUGUACAUUAAGUAACUUAUCUUAUGAUAUUUAACAGUGAUUUAUCAAUAACUAUUGCAGUCACAGAAGAGAAAAUACAUUUUCCUGCUCCUUCAUUUAGCUACAGUAAUAACAUUGUUUUGCUCUAAUUUGAUG